UUUUCAUGAGAGAUAGCGCGAGUGCAUCAAACACGAGUGUACUUUAUCACUUUUGUUUUUUUCCCCGAAUAGUUUCUGUUUAUUUACGUUACUUUAUGCCCUCGAAUUUCCCCUUUUUUGUUUUCUUAGCAAGUUUUCCGAGGUUUUCCGAGGUUUUCGUUUUCGAUUUCUAUUAUUUUUAUACCGUUAUGUUUUCUUUUAAAGCUAGUACGUGAAAUCUGAUACUGUAGAAAAAUUUCUUUGUCAAUUAUUAUGUGUUUCUCUGACGAUAAGUCAUUUCAACGUGAUACAGAUGGAAUAUCACGUAUUGUUGUCCUGAUUCAUUAUUUUCGUGAAAAUUCAUCUCUCAUUUGUGUUUCUAAUUACUCGAGUUAAUCUCAUCAUGUUCUGUAAAAUAAAUCCACCUAAUAUUGUGACAUGUUCCCUAAUUAAUUAAUCUCUUUUUGCUCGACUUCUACUUGACCGAAAAUCGUUCCUAUCUUUGCACAUUCUAUCACAUACAGAACCAAAAUACCAUCAUGAGCAGUGUUCGUAUGGUACGAUUCAAUUCCAUAACUCUGAAAGCAGAACCGGACUCCGAAAGGAACAAUAAUAAACAAAAUGAUGCCUUAUAUUCGGAAGCGGAUUUCGGUUUCUUUUACGCCGUAUGUUUUGUCAUAUCCAUCAUUACAUUUGCAGUAGAUAUCCUACUGCAUUGUUGGUUAGCUUACCUCUUCUACAUGAAAACAGAAAUGUUGUACUUUGUUUUAACGAUUACAUUCAUCAUAGUACCAUCUAUCGUAUCUACCGGAUUUAGUAUGAGAUGGUAUAUUUUGGACGAAGAUGACGAGACUUCCCCAUCUAAACCAUCUCUUAUUAAAUGGAGUCUAAGAAUAUUAACUAUGCUACUGCAAAUCACUCAAAUUCACCGAUACUUCGAUGCACUGUUGUACGGUUUAAGAAGUUCGUUUGCCGGAUGUAGGAAGCAACUCAUGAAGCAAGAUUAUCUAUAUCGUAAAAUGCUUGAUGAAGAUUGCGAUGCUGCUCUCUUGAGAUUAUUCUAUUGUGUUCUCAAUUCAGCUCCUCAAGCUGUAUUGCAGUUGACUAUUUUAUUGACGUAUAGAAUUGAAAAAACAUAUAAAUUUGAAGACUUGAAAUUUCUUUAUGCUUCCGUUGGUGUCUCCAUAUUUUCUAUCGCAUGGUCUUUGACGGUUUACAAUAGAACGGUUCGAUAUAUUAGAGAAGAUAAGAAACGACUUUCUUUCAUGGGAACAGUGAUGAAUUUUAUAUCCCAGUUUAGUUGGGCAGUUUCUCGUGUUUUUGCAUUGAGUGUUUUUGCUACGUGGUAUCCGAAAUUUACUUUACUCGGCUGCCUUAUUCACACUUCCUUAAUGAGUGUUUGGUUGAUGUUGAAACAAGACGUAAAUCAUAGUCGUUGCGACGAAUGUGUUCUCAGCUGUAUGUUAGGCAUCGCCUAUAUAUUUGUUUUUAUUCCAUCUCACGGAGGACCUCAGCGAUACUCGUACUUAUCAUAUUAUUCUAUUUGUUUACUGGAAAAUAUUGGUUGUCUGUACAUAUGGUACUCGUUCGGAGCUCCUAUCACAGAUGUGGAUCUGUAUUAUGGAAUGAUGAUCGUACAAGUAUUUUCGUUUUUCGCAUCUUUAUUCUUUUUGGUACUCUAUUAUAGAUGUUUUCAUCCAAAUCGAAGGAGUAUCGGAGAUAGAGUGUAUGAAAUUCGCGAGCUUAACAGUAAUCGUUGAGAUUAUAAAACCACUGAAUUACUGGAAGUGUAAUCCCACCGAAGUGAUAUUUUUUCAUUUUUCCUCUAUUACCAAUGUUUUUUCUUUAAUUUUUUAUUAUUUUCGUUUUAUAUUUGCAUGCUACACCUAUGAAUUUUAAGUUACCAUGAGUGAAAUCAUUUUUCUUGUUUUUGUUUUAUUCGACUUAACUGUAAUAUUCUUUUAUCGUUGAUUAUUCUUAUAUAUACAUAUUGGGAGUUUAUUUGUUAAAAUUGACACGAAAAUUUUAUGAUUUUAAAAUACGUGUGUUUGACCUUAAGAAGUAGGAGCAUUUCUAUUUUUUAAUGCAUCGAAAAUAAUGCAUGCAUACCAAAGAAAUUUAUUGUUCUUUGUGAGCAUUUUUCAGGUUAUUUGUUUUACUCGUAAAUUUAGCACAAAAUUUAUUAUUCGACGACUCAUUAAUGUUAAAAAAUGAUUAUGUGCCAUAUCAUAUGUUUUUUUUUCGUGUAUUGAGGAGGAUGAAGAUACCAUAAUCUAAUUUGAUUUCAUUUAUUUUGUGUGACUGAAUUGAAUUUUUUCCCAUUCUACUUUUGUUACCUUUCGUAAUAUUUCCUUUUUCAUUGAUUGCUUCGCUGAUAUACUUUUUGCACCUAAAAUUUAAACAUUGUACUUCUACCCAAGUGUUAUAUUUAAAUUGGUACCUUAUACCUACCUAUUCAUUCGUUUCUCCUUCGACAGUGUUUUCUAAGCUAUCGUUAAAUUCUUUUACUUUGAAAUUUGUUUGAGUAUUGCCGAAAUGGGUUUUCGAGGCAAACUUGAAGUAAGCCUCUGACGAUACGACGAUGAAUAUUCUCCUUAUUUCUGUGAUGCUACUUCAUAAUUUGUUUUCUUAUAUGUCUUUAUACCGUUGAUUGUAAGUGUUAUACUUUUUUUUUUGUUUAAUACGUUUUAAAUUAUGGUAAUAUUUUAUUAUGUUGUAAGUUGUUUUCUUAGACAUAGUAAGUACUCGAAGCAUAAUUAUUGUGAAAAAGGAAACAAAGUGUGACGGUGUAAUGAUGAUCAAUUCAUUUCUCAGAGCUUAUUUUGCACUAUGUGAUUUUGAUAAUUAUAAAGUAACGUUAUAAUUUUAUUGGAAAAGCUUUCAACUUUCAUAAGUUUUAAUAUGAAAACGCUGAAUUAUUUCACGUAUUGAUAAUUUCAUGCGUAAUUUAUAAAAUCAGCUAGUAAUCUCAAUUUUUUUCAUAUCAUUCUUAAAUCUUAAUGUGAUAGAACUUUUUAAGCAUAUUGAUAUUAUUUUUAAAGAAAUAAAACUGGGACGUUUCACUCGUGA